AUGCGCAAUGAUCUGCUCUUGAUGAGACCAUAUCUGCAGACGUGUCGCGAGGUGGCUCGGCUGUGUCUGUUGCGUCAUCUGAGGCCGUACGGACAUUUUAUCGAUACCUCCGACGUCUACUCAAUGCAGGACUUAAUCGACAUCGCUGAUGGCAUUCUCGCAACCCGCUUUCGUGAAACUCUGGACAUCUUUCGACAGCACAUUAAAGUCGACUGUGAUGCAUGCCGUGGAAAUGGUUAUCUGUGCGAACUUUGCGGCGACCAAACUUUACUGUUUCCGUUCGACGAAUUCAUCGGCAUAUGUCGCCAGUGUUCAGCUGUGUUUCACAGGGUGUUUUCCAUGGCAUAUGUGAAGAAGUAA